GGACUCGAUCUCGAUCGGUUGUGGCAGGUGUGAAAUGAAAUUGUGAACUGUUGUCUUGUUUGAAUUUGGUUGAGAAAUGGAAUUCCCUUACACCAGCAAAAAUAAAAUGAGGUCCCGAAGUGGUUCGGGAGUUCGAUUGGAGUAUUACCAACGACUUGUGUACAAAACAAUUUUGAGAUAUCAAAAUCCAGUAACUGGGUUGCUUCCAGCUUCUCCUACAAAUGAACACGCCUGGAUUAGGGAUAAUGUAUAUAGUAUUCUUGCAGUGUGGGCACUUUCAAUGGCCUACAAAAAAUAUACAGAUAUGGAUGAAGACAAAGCGAAAACCUAUGAGCUUGAGCAGCGAUGUGUGAAACUUAUGAGAGGGCUGCUCAUGUCCAUGAUGCAACAGAAAGAUAAACUAGAAAAAUUUAAAGUCUCACAAAAUCCUCUUGACUCGCUUCAUGCCAAAUAUAGCUCAUCCACAGGGGCAACAGUUGUAACUGAUGCUGGUUGGGGACACUUGCAAAUUGAUGCCAUUUCCUUAUAUUUGCUUAUCCUGUCACAAAUGACUGCUUCAGGUCUUCAGAUUGUAUUUAACUUGGAUGAAGUUUCUUUUGUUCAGAAUCUUGUGUUUUAUAUUGAAUCUUCUUAUUGUGUUCCGGAUUAUGGUAUAUGGGAACGAGGCGACAAAACAAACCAUGGUCUGCCAGAACUUAAUGCCAGUUCCAUUGGAAUGGCUAAAGCUGCGCUGGAAGCAGUUAAUGAACUCGAUUUAUUUGGUGCGCGAGGUGGUCCGACAUCUGUUAUCCAUGUUUUGGCUGACGAAGCGCAAAAAUGUCAAGCGGUGUUGCUGUCAAUGCUCCCCCGUGAAUCGAAUUCAAAAGAAGUGGACGCAGCUUUGUUAUCCGUCAUAGGAUUUCCUGCAUUUGCUGUUGAUGAUCCAGAAUUGAUCAAACUCACUCGAACAACCAUUCAAGAAAAACUUCAAGGACGAUACGGUUUCAAGAGGUUUUUGCGUGAUGGAUACAAAACUCCAAAAGAGGACCCGAAUAGGUUAUAUUAUGAGCCUUUCGAAUUAAGAGUUUUCGAAAAUAUUGAAUGUGAGUGGCCGCUAUUUUUCUGUCUUUCGAUGCUCGACUUCCUUUUUCAAGGAGAUAAAGAAGCCGUAGAAGAAUAUUCGGAGGCACUUGAAGAAAUCGUAAUCAAAACUGAAGAUGGGCUAAAGUUUGUCCCCGAACUUUAUGCCGUUUCAGCAGAAACUGUUAAUGAAGAGUAUAAAUGUCCGGGUAGUCAGGACAGAGUAGCCGUUGGCAGAGUUCCUUUCAUGUGGGCUCAAUCCCUGUACAUAGUUGCUCAAUUAUUGAAAGAGAAUUUCAUAGCUCCCGGGGAGCUUGAUCCGUUGAACCGUCGAUUAGGUUCACAGAAAAAACCGGAUGUGGUAGUCCAAGUUGUUAUUCUUGCGGAAGACGCUUCUAUACAGGAAAAGCUGAAUCACUAUGACAUUCAAGUACAAACUGUACAUGAAUGCGCACCAAUUGAAGUCCAACCCGCACGCGUACUUUCUCACCUGUACACGUACCUCGGUCAAAAUAAGAAACUCAAUUUGUCUGGACGCAGAUCUCGAGACGUUGGCAUUCUUAGUACCAGCAAACUCUAUGCGCUACAGGAUCGCAUAUUUGCUUUUACACCGCAGCUUACCGAUCAAGAUCACUUUUACGUCGCAGUUGACUAUGAACUGAUGAUUGAUACGUUUAAAAAUGAGCUAUAUUUCUUGAAGUCCUCUUGGCAAAAUAUGUUGGGGAGACCAGUUGUUGUCGUUGUUAUUCGUCAAGUACAACUUGAUCAAGGGAAAAUACCUGUUGCUAUGGUCACCACUUUGAAAAAGCUUAAAAGCGGUUACAUAAACGGCACUAGAGUUGCUCUCGGAAAUUUGUGUGAUUUUCUCAACACAUCAUGUAUAACUAAUUUGAGCUUCUUGGGAAGUUCAGAGGAGGGCAUGCCUGAUCGUUUGAACUCGAAAGUGAUGCAAUAUUUGGAGGAUCACCUUCACAAGACAUUUGUGCCACGUACAGGGUUCAUCCAUCAUUCAACCCAGCGUUUGCGAAAAAAGAAUGUGGUAUUUAACCAAAACCCCAAAAGAAAACUGUCAUACCGAGGGUCUAUCCGGCGGACUCGAUGCAUUCAAUUUGAGAAUCUAGAAGUUCCUUUUUUUAAAGAACUACCGAGCAUAGCGUCUUCUAGAGCUGCCUCUCCAGGUCUGUCGGUAUCGCCUGAAACUGAGGGGGGCAGUGUGAUGUCAGCAGAACCCCGAUCACCUUCUCCUAAAGACGAGGAAACAUGGGUUAUGUUUACUCGUCAUCGCACGUAUUCUGAUGCGCAGUACGAGAAUACAGAGGUUGACGAGUUAUUGCAUAUGCUGAAAGAUUCGGAAAGUCUUGAUGAACAAGGCGACAUUCUUCAUUUCCUUGUUAUUGAAAAAGGCAUAGACUAUAUGACGGGAAAGAUGGAAGAUGGAACUCCCAUAAGAGUAAAAGAUCUUCUUAAAGAUCUUUACGAAAAAUCGUGCCGCCAGAAAAAAUGGGGACUCGUUCGACAUACAGCAGGUAUGCUUGGCAAGAGAGUUGAAGACCUUGCAAAAGCAGUGACAGAUUUGCUGGUACAUCAAAAGCAAGUCACUGUGGGAAUGCCACCAUACAAUGAACGAACAAUUACAGCGCCAUUACCCAAUUCCGAAUUGAGACACUUAAUCCACCAGGCUUACGGAGAUGAUGACAGUUGUGCCAUGUUGACACAAGAACUGGUUCUUUACUUAGCCAUGUUCGUGCGAACAGAGCCUUCACUCUUUCUCGAAAUGCUUCGCCUACGAGUUGGUCUCAUCAUUCGUGUGAUGGCUUCUGAGUUGUCACGUAGCGUAAAAUGCGAUAGUGAUGAAGCAACGGAGCACCUUCUUAACUUAUCUCCGUUUGAAAUGAAGAAUUUAUUGUACCACAUUCUCAGCGGGAAAGAAUUUAACAUGGUAACAAGCGGCGUCAGUGGAAAUUUCUCUGUUCUAAGCAACAAGUUAAGCAGGGUGAGCCGACGAAGUCAAAUCGGAACUCUUUUGGGUCGUGGCUCUACGUCUACUCCGGAUAAUGAACCAGAGAAUGCAGAACCUGAUCGUCAAGGACAAUGGAUUCGUCGACGGCGCUUAGACGGUGCGCUUAACCGCGUACCUCGUGGGUUUUACUCAAGGAUUUGGCUGUUGUUGGAGAGAUGUCCAGGAAUUAUAAUCGAAGGCAAACUCUUAUCGCAAACGCUCACCCAAGAGAUGACGUCGGGUGAACUGAAAUUCGCCCUGCAAGUGGAAACAGUCUUGAAUGCCAUUCCUCAACCUGAAUAUCGACAGCUUAUGGUCGAAGCGAUGAUGGUUUACUCGCUGCUCGCUGAAUACAACUCAGUGCCUACACUGGGGCAGACGUUGUGUGUUGAAAGGUUGGUUCACGCGGCUAACAAAAUAUUUCUGGAUGAUCAAAUGCAAAUUCAAGGAGAUGCAACUCUUUGCUGCGCUAAGCCGAAGGAGCAGCGUGAAUUAACGCCAACUGGAACACUUUUGUGUGGAGGAGCAGCUUAUGUUUGUCAACAUUUUUAUGACAGCGCUCCUAGUGGCUGUUAUGGAACCAUGACUUAUUUGAUUCGAGCUUUAGCAACCAUCUUAGACUGUUUCCCUAUUGAAGGAGAGAUAGACUGUGCCGUUUCUUAGGUAAGCAUGAUUUCGAGUGGAAAAUUGCCAAUUCCUCUUACUUAAGUGUGUCACAGUUUUGUAGACUUCUUAGUAGAGCUCUUGUUGUUUCCCGUCCUGAUGUUUCGGUAUUCGGUUCACAGUGCAUUGUUUUGUUCAUUGGAUAUUUGCCACGUGUGGCAAAUUAUUGGUCUGAUUUUAUUUUGCAAUCAUCUCAGAUAUUGCAUACUUCAAUAGUUAAAUUUCAAUUAAACUUGAACUAAAGUUAUGUUUGCAUUGCACUAAAAAUUGGAAUAUGUAUGAGUAAUCU